GGAGGCGGCCUCUGCCCCUCCCAGCGUGGCCUCCCAUGGACACCAAGACUCAGAGCCUUCCCAACACCCACACCCAGCCCCAUAGCAACUCUCGGCCCCAGAGCCACACCUGCGGCCCGUGCACCUGCAGCUCCCACUGCCAAGCCUGCGGCCAGAGCUGCGGCCGGAGCCAGAGCUGCAGCCGGAGCUCCAGCCAGAGCCCCACGGGCCGCCAGGGCCAGAGCCCGUACCCCAGCCCGCCGCUGAGGCGCCAGAAACACACCAUGCACUCCCACCACCGUCCCCCGCGGCCCACCGCCCACUCCUGCAGCUACUCCAAGAACAGAAAGAAUUUGGAAGGAAAGGUGAACAAGAGGAAGGUGGCCAAGAGGAGCCAGCAGGUGUAUAAAACAAAGAGACGGAGCUCAGGGCGGAAAUACAACUGAGACGGCCCUCCCCCCACCCCGUGGCUCGUUCCUGUGUUCGUUUCACCCAAAUAAGAAAUGCCAUCCCGUGCGGAAUGCUAGAAGGAAGCCCACCUUCAUGCAGGAACGUGUCCCUACAGGAAUUUCUAUGCAACACUGAUUAAAGCGUGUACACUGG